AUGGUCGCUCCACUGAAACCUUCAAAAGGCUUACUUGAAAGGAGAGGUUCAUCAGCAUCAUUGACUAUCAAUUUGGGAAUAUCUGAUAACAGUAUUAUUGAUUUAUCACCAAUUCAAGAAAAUUUGGCCAUCGAUGAUUCUGGAUCGAGGAAAAGUCGAUUCCUCACACGACAUCAGCUAAAGAAUUUAAACAUAAUCGAUUCGUUGCCUGAAAUUUUUGCAGAAUUUGCUAUGUUACCAAAUCCGAACAUAUCGUGUUGUACAAGGAUCGCCGGUUGCAGCCAAAAAAAUCGUCAUCAAGUAUGGCCGAUUGGUAAAACUCGUGUUCGAAUAUGGGAUAACAAUUCGUCAGUGUGUAGCCAGGAUACACCAAGAUCAACGAAUUCACUUAUUGACGAUGCCAGAAAUUAUAUAAACGCAAACUAUAUUACGGAUGACAAUUUAGUUUCUUCAUAUAUAGCUACUGAAGGACCGAUGCCAAAUACAAUAAACGAUUUUUGGGCGAUGAUUUGGCAGGAAAAAUCCAUAGCAAUUGUCAUGAUGACAAAAUUAGAGGAACAGACAUCAAAUGAUGGACAACCAAAGUCAAAAUGUGAAAAGUAUUGGCCAGAAGAAAAACAUCGUUAUGGGGCAAUAACAGUUGAAGUCGAAAACGUCGAUAUUGAUUGCGGAAUAAUAGUUCAUGAGCUGCUCAUAACUCGUGGUGAUGAAGAGCAUCGUUUGAGGCAUUAUUGGUUCACCGAAUGGAAUGACCACCGUUUACCGAUUGGACAAAUCAGCAAAAUUUUAAAACUUAUUCUUGAUUUGCAUAGCUAUCGCGCUGAAUGUAGAAAAAAAUUCACCCCAUUAGGACCAAUAACUGUACACUGUAGUGCCGGAAUCGGUAGGACAUGUACAUUUAUUGCUAUGCUUUUGGGCAUUGAACAACUGAAUACUAUUCAAGAUGGAAUCGAUAUAUAUGCUAUUGUAUCAAAAUUGAGAAUGGAAAGAUACGGUGCAGUACCUCGACCUGAGCAAUACGUUUUUAUUUACCUAGCGUUACAACAAAUGGAGUGCUUAUUACGUGAACCGGAACUUAUUAAAAAACGGUUAAUAGCAGCAGAUGAAGCGUCCCCCUAUUUAAAAUUACUAAUUUCAGAUUUUCGUGAAGACGAAAUAUUGGAUGAAGAGAACGUUGUCGAUACAACUGUUCACAUAUCUUCCAACUGGCUUAAUGUAAAGAAUUAG